UCGAUCUCCAUUCUCAAACCGAAAAAGGUGGCAGCAGAAGAAAAAAGAAGCGAGCACAAAUGGCUUCCCCAGCCGCUCUUCGAGAACUACAGCGCGAAUUAGAGACCAAAGCCGACGAUCUUAACAAAAUCCAAAAAGAUAUUUCGAAGAAUCACCAAGUGAGAAAGAAGUACACUAUUCAGCUCGGUGAGAACGAGCUUGUCCUGAAGGAGUUGGAUCUGCUGAGCGAAGAUGCAAAUGUGUACAAGUUGAUUGGUCCGGUACUUGUAAAGCAGGAUUUGGCAGAGGCAAAUGCAAAUGUGCGCAAGAGAAUCGAAUACAUGUCUGCUGAAUUGAAACGGCUUGAUACAACUCUUCAAGAUUUGGAGGAUAAGCAAAAUAGCAAGAGAGAUGCGGUCUUAAAGGUACAACAGAGGAUCCAAUCUCUCCAGGCCGGGAAAGCCAAGGCAUAGUUUGCUUUCACACCAGUAUUCGAGCUUUAGAGGAAUUCAAUGAAAACACGAUGCUUUGCCAUUUACACCAUAGCAAAUGAUGAACUACCUUUGAAGCUGGAUGGGGAUUUCAACACCCGUUAAUAUUAGAUGCAGCUGUUACUUAUAAAAAAAAAAAAAUAUUAGAUGCAGCUGUACAUUUGAGUCAUAAAUGCUGCCUCGAAGUACUGGUAUUUGCUUAUUUGUUUUGUUUCUAGGCCUGGCAUUUUGCUGAAAACUUAGUUCUAAGUCGAAGUUAUCUUGUAAGUGAAGGGCACAUAGGAUUAAAAAUUGAUCAAUUUUUAGACUGCAU